UGGUGGCGGUAGUCUGCGGUGGCAGCAGCUGGCUUCCCUGUCACCCCGGCGGUGACAGACAUGGCGGAGGCGAUGGAUUUGGGCAAAGACCCCAACGGGCCUACCCAUUCCUCGACUCUGUUCGUCCGAGAGGACGGCAGCUCCAUGUCGUUCUACGUGCGGCCUAGCCCGGCCAAGCGCCGGUUGUCCACGCUCAUCCUGCACGGCGGCGGCACCCUGUGCCGAGUGCAGGAGCCCGGGGCCGUGCUGCUGGCCCAGCCCGGGGAAGCGUUAGCUGAGGCCUCGGGCGACUUCAUCUCCACGCAGUACAUCCUGGACUGCGUGGAGCGCAACGAGAGGCUGGGGCUGGAGGCCUAUCGGCUGGGCCUGGCCUCCGGAGCCGGCCAGGGCACAGACGCCAAGCCCGGGGCUUCGGUUGAGGGCGCGGCGGCGGAGCCCGAGCCGCAGCCUCUCGCCGGCCGGAUCGCCUUCACGGACGCGGACGACGUGGCCAUCCUGACCUACGUGAAGGAAAACGCCCGCUCUCCCAGCUCGGUGACCGGCAACGCGCUGUGGAAAGCGAUGGAGAAGAGCUCGCUCACGCAGCACUCGUGGCAGGCGCUCAAGGACCGCUACCUGAAGCACCUGCGGGGCCAGGAGCACAAGUACCUGCUGGGAGACGCCCCCGUGAGCCCCUCCUCACAGACGCUCAAGCGGAAGGCUGAGCAGGACCCGGAGGCCGCGGAUAGUGGGGAACCGCAGAAUAAAAGAACUCCAGACUUGCCCGAAGGAGAGUAUGUGAAGAAAGAGGUAAAAGAGAAUGAAGGAACAGUCAAAACAAUGCUUAUGGAGACUACACGGGAGUUUGAGGAGGCUGUGGUGGACGAGAGCCCUGAUUUUGAAAUACAUAUCACAAUGUGUGAUGAUGAUCCUUCCACACCUGAAGAAGACUCAGAGGUGCAGCCUGAUGAGGAAGAGGAAGAAGAGAAAGUUUCUGCGCCAGAAGUGGGAGCUGCCAUUAAGAUCAUCCGGCAAUUAAUGGAAAAGUUUAACUUAGAUCUGUCAACGGUUACACAGGCCUUUCUGAAAAAUAGUGGUGAGCUGGAAGCUACUUCCUCCUUUUUAGAGUCUGGUCGGAGAGCUGAUGGAUGCCCUAUUUGGUCCCGACAAGAUGACCUAGAUUUGCAAAAAGAUGAUGAAGAUACCAGGAAAGCACUGGUUAAAAAAUUUGGUGCUCAAAAUGUAGCUCGGAGGAUUGAAUUCCGAAAGAAGUAACUGGCAAGAUAAGGAGAAAAGGGAAAAUGUGGCAGAUGAGACUGUUAAAGAAAAUUUUGAUAUUUGGAUUUACAGAGUUCUUACAUUGGAACAGACACUUGUCUUCUGCAUGGUAUUGCCAUUGCUCUGUGAGCUGCAGAAUUUUUAACCAAGCAGAGCUGUGUAGGAAGAUUAAAAAAAAGAAAAA